ACUUUUGACCUCAACCGCGGACAAUACACGCAUUUCCUAUUCAAGAUUAUGCCAAAUCCAGUUUGCUAUAAAAUUCAUGUACUUAUCAUUCACACACACUAUAAUUUAUAGAUACAAAAAAAAACUAUAAAGAAAGUCCACUCCAUCCAGCCGUCCCAAAAGUAAACGCUUUUUGUUAAUUCAAACUCCAACUUUUUAAUAUUGGUCCAUGUCAACAUCACCCCCUCUCUUCUCUCUCUCUCUCUCUCUCUCUCUCAUCUCUAUCUCUAUCUCUUCCAACUCCAAUGGCAGACUAGUAUGUAUCUCUUUUUUGCACUGCUGCCACUCCUCCUCCUCGCCGCCUUCCCUGAGACCUCCCACGCCGCCUGCAGCCCCGCUGAUCGAGCCGCCCUCGCCUCCUUCAAUCUCACCAUCACAGCCUCUCCUCCACUCAACUGGUCCCUGUCAUACGACUGCUGCGGCUGGGAGGGCGUCGGCUGCGACGCCUCCGGCCGUGUGAUCAAUCUCCUGCUCCGGUCGCGCCACCUUUCCGGAACAAUCUCACCUAGCAUAACCAAUCUCACCAGCCUGACUGACCUCAGCCUCUCACAUAACUGGCUAUCCGGCCCCAUCCCGUUCGGAUUCUUCGCCUCGUUGGAUCGCCUACGCGUCGUUGAUCUGAGCUGGAACCGCCUCACCGGAGAGCUCGGCCUCCCUGACAAACUCCCGGCUCCAAUCAAAACAUUUAAUCUGUCGAGCAAUCAUUUCCGUGGAACAAUCCAGACAUCGUUCUUUCAGCCUGCUCUGGCCUUGGAUCACUUCGACAUCAGCAACAACAGCUUCUCCGGGGCAAUCCCGGCUUUCGUCUGCAGCUACGCCCCCUUGAUCACGCGUCUCGACUUCACCAACAACGACCUGACUGGCCCGAUUGGGCCGGGAUUCGGGGAUUGCAAGAAUCUGCUUAGCUUGAGGGUAGGAUUCAAUCUCCUAUCAGGAGAGGUCCCUGAGGAUAUCUAUGAUUUGAUGGCAUUGCAAGAAUUGUACUUACCUGGCAACCAGUUGUCUGGGCCAAUUGAUGAGAGGAUAAUCGAUCUUCGCCAUCUUAAAGUCCUCGCCUUGUACGGCAACGGCUUCACUGGAGAGAUCCCUCAUGACAUCGGGAAACUGUCCGAAUUGGAAGAGCUGCAGCUCCACAUAAAUAUGCUCACUGGCACAAUCCCACCCUCUCUUGCAAACUGCACAUCCCUCACAACCUUGAAUUUGAGGGUGAAUCUCCUCGAAGGCGAGCUCUCGUCUUUCGACUUCUCAAAUUUCACCCAACUCCAAACAGUUGAUCUCGGCGACAACCACUUCACUGGCACCUUACCAGCAACCCUUUUCUCUUGCAAGAUGCUCACUGCAAUCCGCCUCGCCGCCAACAAACUCACUGGAGAGAUACUGCCAGAGAUAGCGUCUCUGCCAUCGCUGUCGUUCCUUUCUCUCUCCAACAACAGCUUAACAAACAUGACAACUGCAAUGACGGUUCUCGCAGGGUGUAAGAAUUUGAGCACAUUGACCCUCUCAAUGAACUUCUACGACGAGGCAAUGCCAGGGGACGAAAGCCUGAUCGCCCCCGCGAUGUUUCAGGAACUCCAAAUCCUGGCACUGGGCGGGUGCAGGUUCACCGGCCCGGUCCCCUUGUGGCUCAGAGCUCUGGUUAAACUCGAGGUUCUCGACCUGUCUUUCAAUAACUUCACAGGCCCUAUUCCAAGCUGGUUUGGGACAUUCCCAAACCUUUUCUACUUAGAUUUGUCGCAUAAUCUGUUAACAGGAUACUUCCCCAUGGAGCUUACUCAAAUGCAGCGGCUAGCGUUUAAGCAGAACCCUGAUCAAGUCGACACCACGAGCUUAGAGCUGCCUGUGUUUGUGAGGCCUGAUAACGUCUCCAACCUGCAAUAUAGUCAGCUAUCAAACCUUCCAACUGCGUUGUAUCUAGAUUAUAACAACAUAACUGGCACCAUCCCGGUCGAGAUUGGCCAGUUGAAGUUCAUCAUAGCCCUUGAUCUUAGCUACAACAAUUUCUCCGGAAACAUUCCUGAUACGAUAUCUAGUUUGACUAACUUGGAGAAGCUGGACCUGUCUGGGAAUCUCCUCUCUGGUGAAAUCCCACCAUCGCUGCAGAAUCUCCAUUUCCUGUCGUUUUUCAGCGUUGCACACAAUGAUCUUGAAGGGGCUAUACCUACAGGGGGGCAGUUUGACACGUUCCCAAACACAAGCUUUGAUGGGAAUCCGAGGUUGUGUGGGCUCGUCCUACAGCGGCCCUGCACCAACAACGAGUCGCACAGCACGGUUCCCUCAGGGGAAAGAAGAGGGAAUAGGAAGAAAACCAUAAUACUCACACUUGUGAUCUCUUCAAGUAUUUUCACCAUGAUUCUGCUUCUAUACUGCAUCUUUCCAAAGAGGAGGUAUCAUUCAAAGGGCAAUGGUGAGGAGAAGGAUCUCGACACGAUGUCAUUCAACUCCUCGGGGGUUUUCCCCGAGGUAGUGAGGGACACCAGCCUUGUCAUACUGUUCAGGAACAACAAGAACAAAGUGGAGGAUCUCACGAUACUGGAUAUACUGAAAGCCACGGACAACUUCAACCAGUCGAACAUCAUUGGUUGCGGGGGUUUUGGGUUGGUGUAUAAAGCAACUGUGGCCAACGGCACGAAGCUUGCAAUCAAGAAGCUCUCAGGAGACAUGGGGUUGAUGGACAAGGAAUUCAAAGCAGAGGUGGAAGCCUUAUCCACAGCCCAACACAAGAACUUAGUUACUCUGCAAGGUUACUGUGUGCACGACGGGUUUAGGCUGUUGAUAUACUCUUACAUGGAGAAUGGAAGCCUUGACAACUGGCUGCAUGAGAAGCCCGAUGGAGCAUCUCAGCUUAGCUGGCCAAUCCGUCUCAAGAUUGUCCAAGGCACAAGCUGUGGGGUGGCUUACAUGCACCAAAUAUGCGAGCCACACAUCGUGCACCGUGACCUCAAAUCCAGCAACAUCCUCCUCGAUCAGGACUUCGUGGCACAUGUAGCUGAUUUCGGGCUAGCAAGAUUGAUUCUUCCCUACCGCACUCAUGUCACAACGGAGCUCGUUGGCACCCUUGGCUAUAUUCCACCCGAAUACAGCCAGUCGUGGAUAGCCACUUUCAGAGGCGAUGUCUAUAGCUUUGGAGUCGUGAUGCUCGAGCUGUUAACAGGAAAGAGACCUGUUGAGAUGUUCAAGCCAAAGAUGUCGAGAGAAUUAGUCGUAUGGGUGCAUCAAAUGAGGAGCGAGGGAAGGCAAGAGGAAAUCUUUGACCCUCUCUUGAGAGGGAAAGGCUUCGAGGAAGAGAUGCUGCAAGUUCUUGAUGUUGCUUGUAUGUGUGUCAACCAGAAUCCUUUCAAGAGGCCGACUAUACAAGAAGUCGUUGAUUGGCUGAAAGUUGUAGGAUCCAACAGACAGACAACGUAAGGUGACGAACUUGUAAAUACAGACCCGUGAGACUGUUAUGAAUGCCAACAUCAUAUACAACCAAUCUUGUUCAUAGGAAAUUUUCUCCAUUCAGAAGCAGAUUUUGAAGUAAUGUCACAUUUUUGAUAUUGUACAUAGAUAAAUUUUGCAUCCAAAGAAAGUAAUGUAUUGAACAGAUUGAUAGGUAGAGAUAAUGUAGUUUCUUUUACAUGAACAAAUGAAAGUAAGAAUUCUCUUCUGAAA